GCGACGGAGGUCCUCCCGAACUCCCGAGAAAAAAAAAGGAAAAUGAAAAUCCUGUCCUCUCUCCCGCAACCUCCCUCCCUCCCCACGUUUCCCUCAACCUCCCCCGAUCCAGCCGCCCUACCCCGCGCCGCCUCCUACCUCGCCCACCCCGCGGGCCACCGCCGUAGCCCCACCCCGCAUCGCCUCCUACCUCGUGCACCGCGGGCCGCCGUCGCCGCCCCACCCCGCGCCGCCUCCUACCUCGCCUACCCCGCGCGCUACUGCUGCCGCCGCCACCCUACCCUGCUCCGCCACCACGGGAUCCCGGCCGGUCGGCUUCCCCCGAGCACCCCCCACCCCCAUGCGCGUCGGUCGCCGCCCGAGCGCUCCUUCCCUUCCCCGUGCUAUCCCUACCACCGCCGCGGGCGCACCCCACCUCCAACCGCAUCGCCGGCAACCGUCGACCCUCUUCCAACCGGCCUCCAACCACCUCGCUCCCUCCUACACCGCCGGCAAGGCUUCUCCUCCCCCUUGUUUCUCGUCCGGAUCCGCUGCCCCUCCACGGGUCUGGCCAAACCGCACCGCCGGCCGUGGAUCCGCCGUCGGGACCAAUCCCGACGCUGCCUGCCUCCACCACGCACUGGUGCCCCACUGAACUCUGACCACCACGACGAACACCGAUGUUGUCUCCGCCCUUUUGACUGAGUGAAGCUCUAGAUGAGCAGCGACAACAAGGGAAACAAAGCUGGAAAUGGAGCUCACGCUCAUGCACACCUCUCUCCACAAGCUCGUCGCAGCCACCGCAUCAGCUUCCUCCCGUCAGCGGCCCAAACCGCCAUCGCUGCCAGUGUGGCGCCUCAACCCGGGGUUUCUCUGUUCUGGCCAUGUGCGGCCGUCCAACAAACCCGCCUGACAUAGUCCAACUCUAAUGCCAAACAUCUUAUCAUAUGGCCAAAACAUGUCAAAAUGUAUUUUUCUUGUGUACAAACAGCGAUGGUUUUGUUAUCUUUUUGCGUGUCUGUUUUAUUUUUGUGAUAAGUUCACGCUAAUAUAACAACAUGUCGUUGUAUGAGUAGACACAUGGCACUUUCAUUUUUCAGAAACUUUCAGAAAAUAACUACACAGAGAAGUUCAUGUUUCAGAAAUUCCGAAGUUCAAGUGUACUACAUACUGAAGAAACUCAGAUAUUUUCAUGUAACCAAGAUAAGUUCAGAUUGAUAACUGUUAAAAGUGCAUGUACUACUAGUGUGCAUUUGUAUGGAAAAAAUCAAAUAUCGUUUCCCGUUAUUCAAAAAGAGAUAACCAAAAUGUACAAAUUAAAAUAAAA